AUGCUUGUUGGACAGCUGUACAAGUGUCUGUUGGUCUGGCUCGACAAACUGCUGGAUUAUCGCCAGGCAUCGGAUGGCCUGCAUUCGACCUUGGCUGAAUUAUUGAAGUUUCUACGCGAAGGAAUUCAAGUGAUGUAG